UUGAAUCUAUCACAGCUAGUAUUUUUAGGUCGCCUGAUCGUCGGCGCAGAGAUUUCUGGAGCUGCCGAAUGGGGUCGCCAAACGGCGGUUCUGCCCCUGAUUGCGGCCUGUGUUUGGCCCCUUCCGAGCCCGCGGUGGGCCCCGUCUCGAUAAUCAAUCGGUAGUUCCAUCCUUUCUCAUAAGUACCAGCUCGCCUCUUCCACUCGCUCCCAUGAAUUGGCCUUCCAUCUCUUUGCAUUGUUGUUUCUCCCUUUUUCAUACACCCAUACAAUUCGCAUCACCAUGGCCUUCGACUGCUACUGUGCCAUUUGUGGUGUUGGGUUCUGUGGCAUGCACAUCGAACCCCCGUCGGAGGAGGCGCUGGAACGCCGCCGCCGAUGGAUCGAGAAGCGUUGUAGGGCUCUUCAGGCUGGGAAAGACCUUGCUCAACUGCCACGGGAUAGCGAAGAAGUCGCGAAUCCUGUUCGCAGUUACGACCCUCGCAUUGUUGGGUGGGAAAACAUUUCCUGGCUCUACAAAGCACACUGUCUCGGUAUGACCCAGAACGCUGCUGCGGGCUCAGCCAAGGCGUUUCUCUCGGAUGAAGGAUAUUACGCAGAUGCCGGAGAGCUGGUUGUCAAGGCUGGCUCCAACUCGAACCGAUCAAGCCAGAAAGUCUACUCAUGCUAUGGCCAAGGCUCGGACGAGGCACCGGGUCCCGUCCUUCCCUUCCACUGGUGCUGCUUCGAAAUUCUCACUCACGCGCUCACCGGCUCCACGGAUAUCAAGAAGGUGAACUUGGACGUUCUCUACAAUGUCAUGAGUCCUCUUUGCAACAUGAAGAGCUCCGCGUUGGAUUUGAGCUAUGGAGAGGAUAUUCAGCGCGCUCAAGGGCGCUAUUGGGAGUGCAUCCCAGGCGUCGAGUACUGCGCAACCCACCCUACAGACACUCCCGCACUGCCCGCAUAUAUUCAAACAAACAUGGAAUCGAACAGCAAGCUCAAAAUCGCCUCCGCCGAGAUUGACCUUCGUGAGCGACGCCCCGCCAGUCCGUUCGGCAAGCUUCCACUCGAGCUUGUGUAUGAGAUUUGCAUGUUCCUUCCUAGCGAAGACUUGAAAUCCCUUGCUCAGGCCUCCUUGAGCGUUCACCUUGUUACUCAAGACAAUCUUUUCUGGAAGAAAUUCAUGCAGUGGGAUAUGCCUUGGUUCUGGGAGCUCCAGGCCAGCAAGGGACAAAAGUUGAAUGACGAGGUCAACUACAAGCAGCUGUAUCUUUGGCUGGACAAGAUGACCACAGCGCGGUACGGAAUGGACGACGCGAACCUCAUUGGGGUCGCCAACCGUCGACGUAUCUGGGGCGUGUGCGAGGAGCUUGCAGAUCGGUACCACAAGGGCUUGGCUCAAGCCCCUGCCGUCCCUAUCGCAUGUGCCAGUGGCUGAAAUAUGCCAAUAAUUGGGCAAGCUGCUCAGUACAACACCAUGCACAUACCCCAACCCUCUGCGACAACA